AUGAUUUGUUGUAUUCCCUGCUAUUUUUCAUUAUAUAUUGUAUUGUAUGUAUAUGUAUUUUUCUGUAUAUGUUUUUAUUGUAUUCAUUGUGUUUUAGUUGUGAUAAAUAUGAUUGUUGAAUAUCUCCUUUCUAUUGUCUUAUUUUCGAAAUCGGAAUUUUAUUCGUCUCAUAUGACUGGAGCCGAAUCCCAUUAUGGGAUCACACUAUAAUUUAACCCCCAGUCCGUGAAUAUUUUUUAAGUUACUCAAAUUGUUUUUAAGGGAUCUAUAUUUUAAAAUUUUUUAUUACCCAAAUCACUGCCCAUUUCAUUCACUUCCCAAGAUGUCCCGAGAAUCGAGAUACCGCAAAUCUUCUAAUAGAAUCACAUAUGCUUC